AUGGAGUAUCUAGAUCAGUUUUUUAUCGUGUUCAUAGAUGAUAUACUGGUGUAUUCUAAGACUAGGGAGGAACAUAAUGAGCACCUACAUUUUACUUUGCAACGAUUGAGAGAACAUCAGUUGUAUGUGAAGGACAAGAAGUGUGAGAUUUUGUUGUCUGAGGUUGCAUUUUUGGGACACAUUGUCACUAAUAGGGGAAUCAAGAUUGAUCCUGCUAAGGUCGCCACAGUGAAGGAAUUGCCAAUAUCGAAGAAUGCCUCUGAGGUCAAAUGUUUUCUAGGUUUAGUAGGUUAUUACAUGAGAUUUGUGGAAGGGUUCUCGAAGAUAGCUACACCAUUGAUGGAACUCAAGAAAAAGAAUCUAAAAAAAUCACUUGAUCAGACAAGUGUGAGCAAAGCUUUACAUCUGUUGGCAUGUGAUGUUUGGACAUAG